AUAUGCUGGUGUAACAUUGUAGCUGUGAAUUUGCUGUAUUAAAGUUUUGAACAACCUUUCCUUACCAGCUUUAUAUAUUUCUCUGUAUUACCAUCUUUCUUGCUCCAAAGAUCAUCUUCUUAAAAAAUAAAAACAAGAAAGGCUCUCUUCUCUCUACAGCUUUGAUCAUAUGGACGAUCCAAAAGAGAACAAGAACUCGCCAUGGCUAUCAGUACCACAGUUUGGAGACUGGGAUCAGAAAGAAGGAACCGUUCCUGAUUACUCAAUGGAUUUCUCAAAGAUCAGAGAGAUGAGGAAACUGCACAAGAGAGAUCCUUCCCGUGUCAGUCUUGGCAAUGAACAAGACUUCAUUAACCCUUUUCAUAAUCAACCUACUUCUGUUGAUAAAACUAAGGCUAAGCUCACGACUGUCCACAGUGACAACAACGUAACCGACAAUGAGUUCCCCCACCACCAGCGACAUCCUCCAUCCACUAGGAGAGGAAUCUUCAGCUGCUUCAACUGCUCCUGCGUUAAAGCUUGAAGCUAUUUUAUAACUGAGAGUCAGAUACAAUGAGGAAAUGUGUUUCACUUAUUUAUUAUAAUGACGACAGAAAUGAGAUAUGGUAGUGACAUCUUUUCACAUACAUUCCUGCGAAAGCAGCAGCGUUAAUCAAGUUUGUCUGCUGUUUACCGUUAUCUUACGAUUGUCUAACUAUGUGUUUGGUAAUUGUCAAGAAUAGUUAGCUUUAUUUCUUUUCUUUUUGUUGUAGUUUUUGGUUUAUUCAGAGAUGUAUAACUUUCAAUAUUGUGAUACAUUACUAUAAAAAGAUGCAUUAAGAUUAUAAAUGAUGAGUUGUGUGUUA